CACCGCGCUGCCUCCGCGUGUGACCAACGCGCUAGUGGCUGAGACUUUAAUUCCUGGGCUUGGCGACCAGAGAGGGGACAUGGCGGCGGAGGUGCUGCCGAGUGCGAAGUGGCUGUACUGUGGAGAGCCCGACGAAAGCCAGAGAGCUGUCCUGGUUCAGUUCUCCAAUGGGAAGCUGCAGAAUCCUGAUAACAUGCGCUUUAGCUUGUACAAGAACAAGGACUCCACGAAUCCCAGGAAGAAGAGCCAGCGGAUCCUGGCAGCUGAAACAGACAGACUUUCCUAUGUGGGAACCAAUUUUGGGACUGGAGCACUCAAAUGCAACACUCUGUGCAGACACUUCGUGGGAAUUUUGAACAGGACCUCUGGCCAAAUGGAAGUAUAUGAUGCUGAAUUAUUCAACAUGCAGCCACUGUUUUCAGAUGAAUCAGUUGAGAGUGAAUUGACACGAGAGAGUGAGAGCAAAACUUUUAGAGAUAAGAUGGACUCUUGCAUUGAAGCCUUUGGUACCACCAAACAGAAGCGGGCUCUGAAUUCCAGGAGAAUGAACAGAGUUGGCAAUGAAUCUUUAAAUCGUGCAGUAGCUAAAGCCGCAGAGAGUAUUAUUGAUACAAAGGGUGUGACUGCUCUGGUCAAUGAUGCCCUCCACGAUAACUUGCAAGAUGACUCCCUCUGCCUUCCUCCCUGCCACGCGGAUGCAGCCAAGCCUGAAGACGUGUAUAAAUUUGAAGACCUUCUUUCCCCUGCGGAGUAUGAAGCUCUUCGGAGCCCAUCUGAAGCUUUCAGGAAUGUCACAUCAGAAGAAAUACUGAAGAUGAUCGAAGAGAACAGCCACUGCUCCUUUGUCAUAGAAGCGCUGAAGUCUUUGCCAUCAAAUGAGGAGAGCCGAGACCGCCAGGCCCGAUGCAUAUGGUUUCUGGACACACUCAUCAAGUUUCGAGCACAGAAAGUUAUUAAGCGGAAAAGUGCCCUGGGACCUGGAAUUCCACACAUCAUCACCACCAAACUGCUGAAGCACUUUACCUGCGUGACCUACAACAAUGGCAGUUUACGCAACUUUAUUUCCGAUUCUAUGAAGGCAAAGAUCAUUGCAUAUGUGAUCAUACUCGCCUUGCAUAUAAACGACUUCCAGAUUGACCUGACACUGUUACAGAGGGACCUGAAGCUCAGUGAGAAAAGGAUGCUCGAGAUAGCAAAAGCCAUGAGGCUGAAGAUCGCUAAGAGAAAGGUGUCUCUGGCAGCCGGCAGGGAGGAGGAACACAGACUGGGUACUCUGUCCGUCCCGCUGCCUCCAGCCCAGACCUUGGACCGCCAGUCAAAGCGGAGGAGAAUCACGUAGAGGUGUGCUUUCCAGACAGAGAAGCUUGGCCACAUAAUAGCCACUUCCUCUGUUCAUUUCCAUUUUCAUUUUUAAAAAGCGGGGGGAAAGAAGCCUUGCUCUGGCAUGGGUAUGAAGCCACAAGCCAGCCUCUCAGUCAUGCUUGUCUUAAGCAAAAACAUAAAGUGACCACCACAUUGGA